AUGGGAAAAAUCUCGUGGUUUCAGGCACGUUUACAUGUAAAUUCGGGCACCACGCCUAAGGCAUACAAAGCGCGAUGCGUAGCAUUUUCGUUGUGGGAACCGGUUGAACGUGAGUUGCAGAAGAAAGUCAAUGAAAGUCUCUUAGAGAGAGUUGACCAAAGCGAGUGGGCAACCCCCAUAGUGGUUGUGCCGAAAAGCGAUGGCGCCGUGCGCAUUUAUGGUGACUACAGGGCCACAAUAAACAAAGACCUCGUGAUUGACGAAUAUCCACUCCCCACGAUAGAUGAGUUGUUUAGUACCAUGGCCGGCGGAGACAAAUUUUCCAAAAUAGAUCUGGCAAAAGCGUACUUGCAACUAGAAGUGCAUUCCGAUGAUAGACGUUUCCUUACAUUGGCAACCCCGAAAGGCCUUUUCCAACCGACUCGCCUGAUGUUUGGCGUAGCAUGCGCUCCGGCCAUCUGGCAAAGGUGGAUGGAGCAACUUCUGAGUGACAUCCCCGGCGUAUCAGUGUUCCUCGACGACAUUAAAGUUACAGCUCCAGACGACUCAACGCAUUUACAUCGAAUUGGGGAAGUACUGGGUCGACUUGAUGCGCACAAUAUGCGGUAUGAAAUUCAGGUGAAGAGAUCCAGCGAGAACAUGAAUGCUGAUGCGAUGUCAAGACUACCGAACCGCGAGGCUCAUCCGUAUAUGGAAGAAGUUUACCUGAUCGAAGCUGAGGCAAUAAGCAAUUUACCGGUAACUCUACCAGAUCUGCAAAAGGCUACAGCGAACGAUAAGAGAGUUGAGAAGUUGAUGCAGUGUCUUAAGUACGGACGCACUAGUGAAGCGGCUGAUCGUUUCGGCAUACAACAAACUGAAUUUUCGCUUCAUGAAGGCUGCCUAUUGAGAGGAAUUCGG